CUUAUUCUUCUGCUUCCGUUUGUUUCUUCUGAAGCCCUAAAUACGCGCUUGCUCCUCCAACUUUAAAAAUGCGUCCGCGCUUCAAUUCUAAUCCUUACCACUCUAAUCAACUUCAAUCCCAUGGAGCUACUUAUUCGGGAAAUCAACAGGUUAUGGCAAAUCCAGGUAGUUUUUGCCCAAACCCACUGCCAAUUCAGCAUCAACUUCAAAUGGGAAUGGGAAUGGGAAUGCUCAAUCCUGGGAUUCCAUUGCCGUUUGCUAACCUAAAUACCGGUUUUGCGCCUAGCCAGUUUUUCCCUUUUCCGCAAGGGUCACUACAGAACCCUAACUUGAAUUUAAUUGCGCUUAAUCAAAUGAAUAAUAAUAAUAAUAAUCCAUCUCAAGUAUUGGGUUCAUUAUUGGCGCAGAAUGCAAUGAACCCGCCUCAGUUUUUGCCUAAUGGGCAAUUAAAUUUACUGAAUUCAAUGCAAAACGUUAACCAGCUUCUGCAAAUGCAAAUGCAAAUGCCAGGUUGUGGUCCAGUGAUCUCUCAAAAUCCCAACCUUGUUGCCAAUGGUCAAGCAGGUCCUCUGAAUGCCAAUGGAGUUGUGCAACAGUCAGUUAAUGGCAACAACAAGAGUCAGCAUAUGCCCCCUGAUGUUACUAUGCAGCUGCAUUCAAACUCGCCUCUAGGGAAAACUUCUGGUUUCCCUCGACCGGAAUGGAAUCAGAAUAGCUUUUCUCCUGGUUCUUCAAAGCCACAGGUAAUUUACAAUUUGUUAAAAGUCGGGCUUGUUUGUCAUGUCAGGUUUGUAUAUAUGCACACAUAAGUAAAAUGACUUUCU